GGGUUCAGACUCUCACCUUUGUGGCAGAAGCCAUGGGAGUCUGUUCCCGUACGUACGUAUAUUAAUAAACUGAAAGCUGUUUUCCUGAAUACGCCUCAGGCCUCCUCUGUCAUUGAACCAGCUUUAACGAAUUGAGGCAGGGGUCUUCCUGCUACAAUAGCACCUGGAGUCCUGUGCAUGUAUGAUGGUUUGGAACGUCCUGCUGUAGCAACGGAUCACCAGAUCUUUCCACCCCAGACCUCUGACGGAAUUCGAGAGCUACGAGUUAAAAGAGAGAAAUAAAUUGGCGGGAAGGGAUUUUUGCUCUCUUCCAAAAACUCCCCCACCUCCACCUUGCUCUUUGUAAAUGAGCCAGAACCAACAAAAUCAAAAGGGGGAAAUUCUAGAAAAGACAGAGUACUUCAUGCUUGUUCCUGGAAAGGCCCUCUAGCGCUUUCUCUUUAGCUGUCCCCCUUUCUUUUGCUUCUUCUGUGGUUCUUCCCAGUGGUCUUAAAAGCACAGAGAGGAGGAGCAUCUUCAUCGCUUUUUUGCUUCUUUAAGAGGGCAGUAGUAUUUGUUGCACUCUUCGGACCUACGAAGACGCAGGAACAUGCCUUAUGGUGUGCGCAACGGCAGGAAGACAGGAGUGUAUUCAUCCUGGGAUGACUGUAGAGAGCAAGUGGAUGGAUACCGAAAUGCUAGUUUCAGAAAAUUUGACACAGAUGAAGCUGCUAGGGACUUCGCAAGUGGCGGGUCAUCACAAUAUGCAUCACAAUCCACAAGAGACUAUCCAGUUGUUUAUACUGAUGGAUGUUGUUCAAGUAAUGGGCGUCCUGAAGCCCGUGCUGGAACAGGUGUCUAUUGGGGACCUGGUCAUCCUCUAAAUAGUAGUGAGAGACUUCCUGGGCGGCAAACUAAUCAAAGAGCUGAAAUACGUGCAGCUUGCAAAGCUGUAGAGCAAGCAAAGAGUCAAAACCUCACGAAACUGAAUAUCCAUACUGACAGCAAGUUCACCAUUGAUGGUAUGACAAACUGGGUUCCAAACUGGGAGCGUAAUGGUUGGAAAACCAGUACUGGGAAAGAUGUAGUGAACAAAGAGGACUUUCAGCAGCUUGCUGACCUUUCAAGAGGCAUGGACAUCAAGUGGACACACGUUCCAGGUCAUGCGGGAUAUAAGGGAAAUGAAGCUGCUGAUCAUCUUGCAAGAGAAGGAGCUGGAAAACCCCGAUCAUAGUGUUCCUUAAUAGUUCUCUGGCAGUGAUAACAGUAUGGGUUAACCUUUGUCCGCAUACUUUCCCUGUUUUAAAUAGGCAUUUUCAGGGUUCUAAUAGAAAUUUAUUCCAUUUCUGUUGGUACUAAAAUGUCUUAUGUUUUUAGGCAGCACAUCUCCAUAGUGGUGUUCUCAGCUGCAAAUUUGUGUCUUUCAAAAUAAAGAUUUCUGUUUUUACUCA